AAGCCUGUUUAUUAUUCACAAGCUUUUUCCUGCAUGGGUGACAUCCUAGCACUGUGUGUGUGCGCGUGCAUGUGUACACGUGUGCGCAGUUAUUGACUAAUGUUUGGCCUAAUGGGCUGGUCAGUGACUGAGAGAAUAUGUUAGUUUACUAGGUGGUUAACAUAGUUUUACUUUAUUACAAAGCACAGUACUUCUAAUCACGGCCAGAUAGUGACAUCAGCUGCCAGCGUAUGACAUCACAGCCUUGAAAGCUAUGCAGUCCAAGAACCGAGCCAAGUUAAUAGGCAGAUACACACACCUGACUUCUGAGUGAACAGGAACAGGACCAGAUACAUAAGACCUCCUGAGGUAAAGAGGAUCUGUGAAAAGAAACCAGCCAGCAGGCCAUUAAUCCAAUCUCAAUGUAAUGAAAGGUUCAGUAAAAAAAAAAAAAUCUGUUUGGCCAGUCAGUCGGUGGUCAGGACUUGUCAAACAUCAACUUCUUCAGACUAGGGUCCUUUUUUCUGAAUUUCCGCCUGACUGACGUGCCCAAAGUAAACUGCCUGUUACUCAGGCCCAGAAGCCAGGGCAUGCAUAUAAUUGGUACCAUUGGAUAGAAAACACUUUGAUGUUUGUCGAAAUGUUAAAAUAAUGUAUGAGACAAUAACACAAUUGAUAUGGUAGGAGAAAAUCCAAAGAAUAACCAACCUGAAAUUGUGUUUUUUGAGAUCCCAUGCUCUUACAAUGGAAAGCUAUGGGGCAUAUGCAAUUCCAGCUCCCAGAUUGCAUUUCCUAUGGCUUCCACGAGAUAUCAACCAGCCUUUGUUCAAGGUUUCAGGCUUGUUUCUUCCCAAACGAGGAAGAAUUGAGUUUUAGUACAGGGAGUCAGUUGGAAAUCAGUCUGUGCGAGCGUGACGAGCACCUGCUAAUUUUGCUUUCCUAUCGAACAUACUUCUUUCCAUAUUAAAUAUGAUAGUUUACAUUUUAGGGUACCUGAGGAUUAAAUGGAAAUGUAUUUUGACUUGUUUUAACAAAGUUUAGCGGUAGCUUUUUGGAUUCCAUUCUCUGCAUGUUGAACAAGUGGAUUACUCAAAUCGAUGGCGCCAACUAAACUGACUUUUUGGGAUAUAAAGAAGGGUUUUAUCUAACAAAACGACCAUGCAUGUUGUAACCUUCGGAUUGCAGGUUUGCAACCUGGUAACCUGGUAACCUUUGGAUUGUAAAUCAGAGGUAGAUUUUCAAAAAGUAAGAGAAUAUUUACUCACUCUUUGUGAUUUUAUGAAGCCUGUGCAUGGCAUGCUUUCGCUGUAAAGUCUAUUGUAAAUCGGACAAUGCAGUUAGAUUAACAAGAAUUUAAGCUUGAACCGAUAUAAGAUACUUGUAUGUACCUAAAUGUUUAAUAUCCAUAAUUUUUAUGAUUAUUUAUUUGAAUUGCGUGCCCUCCAAUUUCACCGGAAGUUGUGAAAAGGUGUCCCGAUACAAAGGUAUCUAAGCAACUGUAAUACCUUUAACAUGAUAUCCUGUUCCCUGAUGUGGUUUAUAUAUACACAACAUGACCAAAAGUAUGUGAACACCUGCUCUCUGAACAUCUCACUCCAAAAUCAUGGGCAUUAAUAUGGAGUUGGUCCCCCAUUUGCUGCUAUAACAGCCUCCACUCUACUGGGAAGGCCACUAGAUGUUGGAACAUUGCUGCAGAGAGUUGCUUCCAUUCAGCCACAAGAGCAUUAGUGAGGUCGGGCACUGAUGUUGGGCGAUUAGGCCUGGUUCGCAGUCGACGUUCCAAUUCAUCCCAAAGGUAUUCAAUGGGGUUGAGGUCAGGGCUUUGUGCAGGCCAGUCAAGUUUUUCCACACCGAUCUCGACAAACCAUUUCUGUAUGGACCUCUCUUUGUGCAUUGUCAUGCUGAAACAGGAAAGGGCCUUCCCCAAACUGUUGCCACAAAAUUGGAAGCACAGAAUCGUCUAGAAUGUCAAUGAAUGCUGUAGCAUUAAUAUUUCCCUUCACUGGAACUAAGGAACCUAGCCCGAACCAUGAAAAACAGCCCCAGACCAUUAUUCCUCCUCCACUAAACUUUACAGUUGGCACUAUGCAUUUUGGCAGGUAGGGUUCUCCUGGCCAAACCCAGAUUCGUCCAGAUGGUGAAGCGUAAUUCAUCACUCCAGAGAACGUGUUUCCAAUGGUAGCGAGCUUUACACCACUCCAACUGAAGCUUGUCAAUGAGCAUGGUGAUCUUAGGCUUCAUGAAACACAUUUCAUGAAGCUCCUGACAAAAAGUUAUUGUGCUGACGAUUUUUACGUGCUUCACCACUCUGUGACCUUGUGUGGCUCACCACUUCGUGGCUGAGCCGUUGUUGCUCCUAGACGUUUCCACUUCACAAUAACGGCACUAACAAGGCAGACAUUUGAUGAACUGACUUGUUGGAAAGCAGGCAUCCUAUGACUAUGCCAAGUUGAAAUUCACUGAGCUCUUCAGUAAGGCCAUUCUACUACCAAUGUUUGUCUAUGUGGCAAUGGGUGUAGCUGAAAUUGCCAAAUCCACUAAUUUGAACGGGUGUCCACAUACUUUUGUAUGUACAGUCCAUUCGGAAAUAAGGCUGUAACAUUUUGUUACGUUACAGCCUUAUUAUAAAAUGUAUUAAAUACAAAAUGUUGCUCAUCAAUCUACACACAAUACCUCAUAAUGGCAAUAUGAAAACAGGUUUUUAGACAUGUUUGCAAAUUAUUAAAAGUCAAAAACAGAAAUACCUUAUUAAUAAGGUAUUCUGACCCUUUGUUGUGAGACUCUAAAAUUGAGCUUUGGUGCAUCCUGUUUCCAUUGAUCACCCUUGAUGUUUCUACUACUUGAUUUCUACUACAAUGGUCACUCUGACAGAGCUUCAGAGUUCCUCUGUGUAGAUUGGAGAAUCUUCCAAAAGGACAACCAUCUCUGCAGCACUCCACCAAUCAAGCCUUUAUGGUAGGGUGGCCAGACGGAAGCCACUCCUCAGUAAAAUCCACAUGACAGCCCACUUGGAGUUUGCUAAAAGGCAUCUAAAUGAUUCUUAUACAAUGAGAAACAAGAUUAUCUGGUCUGAUGAAACCAAGCUCUUUGGGCUGAUUGCCUAGCGUCACGUCUGGAGGAAACCUGGCACCAUCCCAACGGUGAAGCAUGGUGGUGGCAGCGUCACGCUAUGGGGAUGUUUUUCAACAGCAGGGACUGGGAGACUAGUCAGGAUCAAGGGAAAGAUGAACCGCGCAAAGUACAGAGAUAUCCUUGAUGAAAACCUGCUCCAGAGUGCUCCCAAAUACAGGCAUGACAAGCUUGUAGCGUCAUACCCAAGAAUACUCAAAGGUUUUAAUCGCUGCCAAAGGUGCUUCAACAAAGUACAGAGUGAAGGGUCUGAAUACUUAUGUAAAUAAGAUAUUUCAGUUUUUUAUUCUUAAUAAAUCGGCAUCAUUUCUUAAAAACAGUUUUUGCUCUGUCAAUGUGGGUAUUGUGUGUAGAUUGGAAUAAAAACAAUAUAAUCCAUUUUAGAAUAUGGCUGUAAUGUAACAAAAUGUUGAAAAAGUCAAGGUGUCUGAAUACUUUACGAAUACACUGUAUAGUGUGUACUGUAUAUACAGUGCCUAAAAGUAUUCACACCCAAUGUACUUUUUCCACAUGUUGUUAUACUACAGCCUGAAUAAAAAAAAUACACCAUGAUGGAAAAUUGGACUUAGGUUUUUCAAAAUGUUUACAUAUUAAUAAAAUAUCAAAAGCUGAAAUGUCAGGUGUUCAACCCCUUUGUUAUGGCAAGCCUAAAUAAGUACAGGAGUGAAAGUGUUAAUGUGCUUAACAAAUCACGUAAUAAGUUGCAUAAACUCACUCUGUGUGCAGUAAUAGUGUUUAACAUGAUUUUUGAAUGACUACUUCAUCUCUGUAACCCACACAUACAAUUAUCUGUAAGGUCUCUGUCGAGCAGUGAAUUUCAAGCACAGAUUCAACCACAAAUACCUAUUGGUAGAUUUUUUUUUAAGAAGAAAAAAAAGUAAACUCAGACGUUGAAUAUUCCCUUGAGCAUGGUAAUAUUAAUUCCACUUUGCUUGGUGUAUCACUACAACCAGUCACAACAAAGAUACAGGCAUCCUUUCUAACUCAGUGUAAUGAAAUUCGUCUUCCUCUGACAAGGAGUAUGACAGAUCGGACCAAUGUGCAGCGUGUCCAAUGUGCAGCGUGGUAAGUGUUCGUCAUUUUUAAUGAAAAGACACUGAACACGAAAAUACAAAAUAACAAAGUGAAAGACAGAAACGAAAACGAAACAGUUCUGUAUGGUGAAGACACGGAAAACAAUCACCCACAACUCAAGUGGGGAAAACAGGCUGCCUAAGUAUGGUUCUCAAUCAGAGACAACGAACGACACCUGCCUCUGAUUGAGAACCAUACCAGGCCAAACACAUAAAUACUACAUAGAAAAAAGAACAUAGACUACCCACUCCAACUCACGCCCUGAUCAAACUAACACAAAGACAUAAUAAAGGAACUAAGGUCAGAACGUGACACUCAGUUGCUGGUGAGAAAGGAAACGACUCAGGGAUUUCACCGUGAGGUCAAUGGUCAAUUUAAAACAGUUAGAGUUUAAUGUCUGUGAUAGGAGAAAACUGAAGAUGGAUCAAUAACAUUAUAGUUACUCAAUAAUACUAACCUAAUUGACAGUGAAAACAAGGAAACCUGUACAAAAUGAAAAUAUUCCAAAACAUGCAUCCUGUUUGCAACAAGGCACUAAAGUAAAUGCUCCAAAAAAUGUGGCAAAGCUAUUAACUUUUUCAAGCGUAGUGUUAGCUACAUCAUGUUAUGGGUAUGCUUGUAAUCUUUAAGCACCUGAGAUGUUUUCAGGAUAAAAAAGAAAGUGAAUGAAGCUAAGGCAAAAUCCUACAGGCAAAAUCCUAGAGAAAAAGCUGGUUCAGUCUGCUUUGCACCAGACACUAGGAGAAGAACUCACUUUUCAGCAGGACACCAACCUAAAACCCAAGGCCAAUUCUACACUGGAGUUGAUUGCCAAGAAGACAGUGAAUGUUCCUGAGUGACCGUGUUACAGUUUUGACUUAAAUCUACUUGAAAAUCUAUGGCAAGACCUGAAAAUGGUUGUCUAGCAAUGAUCAGCCACCAAUUUGACAGAGCUUGAAGACUUUUGAAAAUAAUAAAUCGGCAAAUGUUGCACAAUCCAGGUGUAGAAAACUCUUAGACUUACCCAGAAAGACUCACAGCUGUAAUCGCUGCCAAAUGUGCUUUUACAAAGUAUUGACUCAGGGGUGUGAAUACUUACGUAAAUUAGAUAUUUAUGUAUUUCAUUUUCAUUACAUUUGCAAACAUUUCUAAAAACAUGUUUUCACUUUGCAAAGCUGUCAUCAAAUAAAGGGUGUCUACUUUGAGGAAUCUAAAAUAUAACAUAUUUUCAUUUGUUUAACACUUUUUUGGUUACUACAUGAUUCCAUAUGUGUUAUUUCAUAGUUUUGAAGUAUUCACUAUUAUUCUACAAUGUAGAAAAUAGUAAAAAUAAAGAAAAACCCUUGAAUUAGUAGGUGUGUCCAAACUUUUGACUGGUACUGUAUAUACACAUUGAACAAAAAUAUAAAUGCAACAUGUAAAGUGUUGGUCCCAAAAAUUCCCAAAAUGUUCCAUACGCAACAUAAAUCUUAUUUCUCUCAAAUUUUGUGCACAAAUUUGUUUAGAUCCCUGUUGGUGAGAAUUUUUCUUUUGACAUAAGAAUCCAUCCACCUGACAGGUGUGGCAUAUCAAGAAGCUGAUUAAACAGCACGAUCAUUACACAGGUGCACCUUGUGCUGGGGACAAAAAAAGGCCACUCUAAAAUGUGCAGUUUUGUCAUAAAACACAAUGCCACAAGUUUUGAGGGAUCAUGCAAUUAGCAUGCUGACUGUAUGAAUGUCUACCAAAGCUGUUGCCAGAUAAUUUUAUGUUAAUUUCUCUACCAUAAGCCGCCUCCAACGUCAACUAGCUCUAUGCAAAGGAGACGUGUCGCGCUUGCAUGAGGCAAAUGGUCACACCAGAUACUGACUGGUUUAUUUCAAUUGACUGAUUUCCUUAUAUGAACUGUAAUUCAGUAAAAUCUUAAAUUGUCACACAUUACAUUUAUAUUUUUGUUCAGUGUAUAUAUAAAAAACUGCUUGUGGUUCAGUUUGUGUUUUCUCUAAAUUCAACACUGGCAGUGAAUUUCAAAACAUUGAGAACUAAGAGCAAUUGAUAAAACACCUAUUUAUAUUAUUGAUCAAUCAAACACAUUUACCUAUUUUAUUUUCCUUUGUAACACCUUUCAAAGACUAUCAUUGGAAUUACUUACCAGGUGUUACAUAAAAAUGUCACAACAUGGUAGCUGUGGGUCCCAUUGUAUUCUACAAUCUCCAUGAUUACAUAAGCAAAGCCUCUGUGAUUUGGGAUUAAAGAUCAAGUCAUUCUGAGGGGGAGGACUGAGGGAUUUUGAGAAGGGAGGGAUGGAACAGAGAGAGACAGAGGUUUCUUCUAAAGCUCUAUCACAUGAGGUGAUAGUUAUCACUAGGGAUGCAUGAUAUAUAUGAGCAUAUCGGAAUCGGACGAUAUUAGCUAAAAUGCAAACAUCGGCAUUGGCCCGAUGUCUAGUUUAACACCGAUGUGCAAAACCGAUGUCAAAGCUGACGUGCAUACCUAAUAUAACGUAGGUAGAUGACGUAAUGACGCCACAUAAAAUAUAGGAUUUCCUACUGAGGAAAGAAUGUGAGAAUGUGCUGGUUCUCAUACCGCUGCUGCCAUUUCAAUGGCAUUUGAGAACAUGUUUGAAACUUGGAAACAUGAACACUCCUAGCACUAUUCAAACAACUGACUCGAGAAAUAAGCUCUAACUGCGUCUGCAGCAGACGUGAUAACCUGUCAUGGCAUUGAAACGCCUGAUCAACAAACAUUCCAACACAGGUUGUCGAGUUAACUUAUAAGAGUACUCUACUAGAGGUUGUGAACUAGCGAUUCGGUAGCGUUCUCUCUGAGCCUCUACUGUGUCGCCCCCAUGCUCGAUGCUAGGUACAAGGACCGCUACUUUGAUGCAGACAAACAGGGUUUACGUGAAAUGUUAGACAGCUGGACAAGAUGGAAACGGACACAGUGCGCACCGAGGAAAAGAGGCCACGGACAGACAGAGCUGAAACUUCACUGCUUGACAUGAAUGAUGAAAUCCUGGUUGAGACUAAACAAUGAAACAGCACAGCAACUGGCCCAAUGGACCAAAAAGGAAGAGAAAGAACAGCACAUGUUCAUUGAAGAGCAUGUCUGCACUGAGCCUCUCUGUCCCAGGAUACAUCCCCAGCUACUUGGAGAAGGAUGAGCCAUGUGUGGUAUGUGGAGACAAGGCCACCGGCUACCAUUACCGCUGCAUCACAUGUGAGGGCUGCAAGGGUUUCUUCAGGCGAACUAUCCAGAAGAACCUUCACCCGGCUUACUCCUGUAAGUACGAUGGCUGCUGCAUCAUCGACAAGAUCACAAGGAACCAGUGCCAACUGUGUCGCUUCAGGAAGUGCAUCGCAGUUGGCAUGGCUAUGGACCUGGUGCUGGAUGACUCUAAGCGGGUAGCCAAGCGUCGUCUGAUUGAGGAGAACCGGGAGAAGAGGAAGAAGGACGAGAUCGUGAAGACUCUACAGACACGUCCGGAGCCUGACAGCUCGGAGUGGGAGCUGAUCCGCCAUGUGACAGAGGCCCACCACCACACCAACGCGCAGGGCUCCCACUGGAAACAGAAACGCAAGUUCCUGCCUGAGGACAUAGGUCAGUCCCCCGGGGCUCCCACCCCAGACGGAGACAAGGUAGACCUGGAGGCCUUCAGCGAGUUCACCAAGAUCAUCACCCCUGCCAUCACACGCGUCGUCGACUUUGCCAAAAAACUAACCAUGUUCUCAGAGCUGCCUUGUGAGGACCAGAUCAUCCUAUUGAAAGGUUGCUGUAUGGAGAUCAUGUCGCUUCGUGCCGCCGUGCGCUACGACCCAGAGAGCGAGACGCUUACCCUGAGCGGCGAGAUGGCGGUGAAGAGGGAGCAGCUGAAGAAUGGCGGGCUGGGCGUGGUGUCGGACGCCAUCUUUGAUUUGGGCAAGAGUCUGGCGCAGUUUAACUUGGACGACUCGGAGGUGGCCCUGCUGCAGGCUGUGCUCCUCAUGAGCUCAGAUCGCUCUGGCCUGACAUCGGUAGAUAAGAUCGAGAAGUGCCAGGAGACGUACCUGCUUGCCUUCGAGCACUACAUCAACCACCGCAAGCACAACAUUCCCCACUUCUGGCCCAAGCUGCUGAUGAAGGUGACGGAUCUGAGGAUGAUCGGGGCGUGCCACGCCAGCCGCUUCCUCCACAUGAAGGUGGAGUGUCCCAACGAACUCUUCCCUCCGCUCUUCCUGGAGGUCUUCGAGGACCAGGAAGUAUGAACUGACCCCUGACUUUUGACCUGGAAGAGAUAGAAGAGAGAGGGGGAAUUAUGAGGGGGAAAGAAAAGGAGUAACAAUUGGCCUUUUUCCUCAUUUUGUGAAACACAAUAUCACCACCAGCAACACGGAUAGUCACAGAGAAAAACAAAAAGGCUUUCUUUUGCAUAGCCGUUUUGAUGAUUUGCACUUGGGGCUCUUGUGGCUGCUGGGCCCUACUUUGAGUUGGGGGGUGGGGCCCCCCUCUAAAGUGGGGUUCUCUUGCUGUGGGGCCUCUCUCUGAGUUGGGGUUCUCUAGCUGCCCCCCUCCCCCCCCUCGGAGUUGAUGGUCUAUGGCUGCGCUGUGCGUCUCUAUCUAACAGAGAAGCUAACAGCCCUGAGCGGUGUUCUCCUCCUGUGUUGUUAUACACCUGGUGCACAUGUAUGCAAACCCAAACCCACGAGGUCUGGUUGGAGUACUGGUACUGAUGGAGCUCUGUGUUAGUGGAAGACAAUCACUCUGAGAGGCAGAUGGUUGACACAAACAUACACACUUACAUUCACAAUCACACAAUUUUACAAAACCUCACACAUACAGCCACUGAUGUACAUCUACAUCACCUAACACACACACACUACUAUAGACAAACAUAUUCAUACAGUACAUGGACUGAUAUAGCUUUUCAGAGCUGCCCAUCACUCGAGGAGGGCAGAUAGAUACUUUAUUUUGUCCCACAAUCGAGCUUCCAUCAGGGGGCUCCACCCUCCAACCAGCUCCCCUCUUCACCAGCCUCCUCACCAGCCUCCACUGGGACAGUUACCAAGUGUACCCCCACACUUUUCUCUUUUGGACUCUUCCCUUCCACCCCUGAUGUGCAGAGUUACACAUAUACCUCCCUUUAUGACAAUGCAAACACACAUACCUAUUUAUGAAUACAAACAAUAUCCAAUUUGUUGUGCAAUGGUGCAAGAGUACCUGCAUUUAUAUACGCAACCCUUUACCCUCACACAUACAAGUCCUGUAUACCUAUCUUACUACAUGUAUAGAGUACACCGGUCUAACUGCAUGCACAUGUAUCUUUGUACCUGCAUAAUACUCACUGGUUUACCUCCAUAUACUUCUCAUCAGAUUACAUACCUCUCUUAACCCGUAUGCAUAUAUAUUUUGCUGAAUAUACAUAUACAGUUAACAUAACUGUCUACCUGUGUAUAUGUGUACCUCUCCUACCUCUCUGUGUGUACACACACAAAACAAUACUGUUCUUUUACCUCAUAUGACGGUUGAUCCUCACCUAGGUUGUGUCAUUCCACCCAUCCCAAACCUCCACUACAUCUCCCGUUUGGGCUGCACUGCACUUCCUAGUUGCAGACUGUGUGUGUCUCCUCCAUGUUGCCCUGCCCAUCACACAGGACUCCCGCCCCCCUGAUGUGGGAUUGGUUGAGGGACCGGGGGGGGGGGUGUCACUGACAGAUUCUACCUCACCUCUCAUGUCGGAGCAGCUGCCCCUCUGAGUGCAAAUAAAUACACUUCCACAGCUGCCAAUAUGGACCUGUUUGUUCCCCUACUACACCGUUCAGUAUGGUUCUAUGACCCCUGAAAUGUGAGAGGCCACAAACCUUUUACACUUUUCUUUUUAAAGUAUUUUUAUCACACAGGACCAAGUCUCAUACUGGAUUCCCCUAUGUAUGUUCAAGUCAGGAGAAACAACAAACCCACUGGUGGUAUAAAUAUUCUCUGUCUGAUGACAAACUCAAAGGAAACUUUCUUUCGGAGGAAAAGACAGACAGUACACCUUGGAAGCCAAAUGAGCUCAAUGGACGGGCCAGGCAAAAGCCCGUGGUAAGAAAACACGUAAAAAACUCCAAUCUUUAACUCAGUUCAGCAGUGUUCACCUGUGGAUGGAUACCCUGGUUCUCAAUGUGGCAGGUCCAGAGACGAGACAAGACCGAGAGUCCUAGCCGAUGCAACCUGCCACAUAUUGUACUUUUACAGCAUCAUUCACAGUAGCAACCCCCUUUCUCCUAAAAUGUGAAAAGUGGUUGCCACAGAGAGCCACAAAGCCUUUGAGAUGACUCUCUGACUGUCCUCCCCACACAUCCAAUCCUACACCCAGCCAUCUAUGAGCUUUCGCUACAUGUCCCCCUCCCCUCUCCUUCAAAGCCAUUGACAGGUAUUUGUUUUGCACUAAAGUGAUGUCUCCCCCUGUAUUUGCCCUAUAUAUGCCCUCUGUUGCUAUACUUCUCUUCUCCUGCAGUCUUACCCUAAUCCCUAGCUUGAUCACGGCGCCUAACAUUCUGUCACUACACACACACACACACACACACACACACACUCAGUAUUACCACAAGGGGAUUUAAAGGAACCUAGAAAAUAGGAUGUCAUUCAAACACAUGCGCAGAGAUGUGAUAUGUUCACUUGAAAAAGAGAUGCCGAUCUCAAUGUGGCUUUAAUGUUUAAAUAAAGGAUACAUAAAAGAUAUGCAGCAUAAUGAUAUAAUCAACUCUUUAUCACUGUGAAGGAGCCAGGCUUUAACCAGACGGUUGGUUUGGGAUAAGGUGUAGAAUAAGGUUGGCUUUAGCUGUGAACGACAUGGAAAUGUUCCCCAGAGGGGUCGUGAUUAACAACAUGUAGAAGAAAGGGAGGCUUUUCCACACAGCCAGUGGUCCCUAGACUACUGACAAUCUCAUACAGAAUCAGACUCACCAGCACCGCAGAGCACACUGCCUUCAGACACCAUCAAUCACACCAGCACAGCUGAUGGAUCCUCAGGCUCUCGCUGGCCAUCCUCGUGCCAGGACAGUGUGGAUACAAUCAACCGACAAAUGUUAUCUUAGGUAUGUCCUUCCACGCUACCCCCACACCUCCCAUUCUCCACACUGUUUCUAUUGCACCACCUUAACUAACCACACUACUAAACCAGGAAUAUCAUCUACAUUCUCGAACUUAACAGAUAUCUUCCCUGACACAAAUUAACUUCUUUAAAUGGAGAAUCUCCAUUGAACACGCUUCUUAGUCCAGGACUAGGCUUUAUCUGGGUCCAGGAAACUAGCCCCAAUCUCCCCCUCCCCUUUAAGACAAUCUCAUGCUUUGCCCUCACUCGCUUUAACCUCCCCAUAACUCCGUCCUCCCCACAACAUAGCUGUCUUGCUCGCCUCUGAACAUCCAAUCAAACCCCAAGCAAAAGUAGCACUUAGAGAGGAAAGGAAAUCCCAGGAACAUGAAUGAUAUGUCGUCAUGAAGAAUGUAAAAAAAAAAAAUGUUUUAAUGUAAUUUUAUUUCACCUUUAUUUAACCAGAUAGACCAGUUGAGAACAAGUUCUCAUUUACAACUGCGACCUGGCCAAGAUAAAGCAAAGCAGUGCGAUACAAACAACACAGAGUUACACAUGGGAUAAACAAACGUACUGUCAAUGACACAAUAGAAAAAUCUAUAUACAGUGUGUGCAAAUGUAAUAAGAUUAGGGAGGUAAAGGCAAUAAAUAGGCCAUAGUGGCAAAAUAAUUACAAUUUUGCAAUUAAACACUGGAGUGAUAGAUGUGCAGAAGAUUAAUGUGCAAGUAGAGAUACUGGGGUGCAAAGGAGCAAAAAAAGGAAUAACAAUAUGGGGAUGAGGUAGUUGGGUGGGCUAUUCACAGAUGGGCUGUGUACAGGUGCAAUGAUUGGUAAGCUGCUCUGACAGCUGAUGCUUAAAGUUAGUGAUGGAGAUAUAAGACUCAUGCUUCAGUGAUUUUCGCAAUUCCUUCCAGUCAUUGGCAGCAGAGACCUAGAAGGAAAGGCGGUCAAAUGAGGAGUUGUCUUUGGGGAUGAAAUAUGCCUGCUGGAGCGCGUGCUACGUGUGGGUGCUGCUAUGGUGACCAAUGAGCUGAGAUAAGGCGGGACUUUACCUAGCAAAGACUUAUAGAUGACCUGGAGCCAGUGAGUUUGGUGACGAAUAUGAAGCGAGGGCCGACCAACGAGAGCAUACAGGUCGCAGUGGUGGGUAGUAUAUGGGGCUUUGGUGACAAAACAGAUGGCAAUGUGAUAGACUGAAUCCAAUUUGCUGAGUAAAUUGUUGGAGGCUAUUUUGUAAAUGACAUUGCCGAAGUCAAGGAUUGGUAGGAUAGUCAGUUUUACGAGGGUAUGUUUGGCAGCAUGAGUGAAGGAUGCUUUGUUGUAAAAUAGGAAGCCGAUUCUAGAUUUAAUUUUGGAUUGGAGAUGCUUAAUGCGAGUGUGGAAGGAGAGUUUACAGUAUUACCAGAUACCCAGGUAUUUGUAGUUGUCCACAUAUUCUAAAUCAGACACGUCCAGAGUAGUGAUCCUCGACGGGCGGGCGGGUGCCGGCUGCGAUGGGUUGAACUAGAGAAAUGAAAUGGAGAAGUCCCAAACUAAAAAUGUUGUGCACUAAGUGUCUUUCUGUAUAUUUGUGAACUGGAUGGAUGAUGAAAGUGGAUGAUGUCACACUUCCGGGUUGAAAUGCUGUUUCUGACAGAUUGAUCUCAAUAAAGUAUUUUACAUUUUUUUGAAAAAGAGACUCCGUUACGACUGAAAGCCCAGAAACGGAGGGAAAGAAAAGACGACUUGGAUCUUAGUUCACGACUUGGAUAAUUAUGUUGAGUUUUUUGUUGUUGUUAUGAUUAUUGUUGUUUGUUGUUUAGCAUUUGAUUUAAUUGCUCAGUUAAUGUCUGUGUUGUCAGAGCUUGUCUGAUAUGAUGCUUUACUGUGUAAAACAAACAGCUGUAGACACUUUCUGAACAUCUGUGCAGUGUAGGGGUGUGUCUCAAAUGGCCCCCUAUUUCUGACGCAGACUAGGUCUUCAUGAAACUUCACUUUGAUCUCAGCUGGUUUGUAUUGUUCGCUCAAGGUGGAAGACCCCCUUAACUCACUGACCUGGGUUCUCCUCUAACCAAUCUUAACCUUGAUCUAUAGAUGGGUUAAAGUAAAACUGACUUUAGAUGACAACUUGGUGGAAACGUCACCCCAUGAAUUUGCCGUCUGUCUGUCUUAAUGUAAACGUUUUUUAAGAAAAAGUAUUACUGUAAAAAAAUAAACAAGCUAUAAAAAUUUCAAAACAGAAACCACAAAAGAGAGAUUUAAACAAACUAUUCAUACCUCAGACAAUGAAGUGGAAACAGAAUGAAAAGGAGUUGUGGUUUGCAUGCAUGGAUAGCCAGCCGCUGUGUCGUACGCUCACAUUGUUUGUGUGAAGCUUCUUGACAGGAACUGUAUAUAAAAUGACACCAUCUUAAAUUCAAGCGGUAUUUGAGGCUUUUGACAUUCGCUCUGAAGUGUAGUUUCUCACAACCACUUCCUCUAAUAGGCUCAGGAUAGACUCACAGGAUCAGGAGAUGUUUAGGUGAGGUUCCCUCCACAUAGUGUGUAUUAGGAUGUUCUGUCCUAGCUCAGUAUUGAAUGUAGCUCAACAAGAUCUAUGUCACAACUCUUGUUUAUGUCCCUCAUCACUGUCUAACCAAGCCUUGUUCCAGAUUAGGUUGUCUUGUAAACGCCUAUGGUCAUUAUCACGGCAAGUUGAAAAGACUGCACAAACCGGUCUGGAGGCAUAACGCUAGACAAAUCAUACAGACAUUGCUGCUCUGCAGAAUGUGAUAGUGGUUCUUGUGCCCAGACACUCACUGAUCAAUUCUUUUUGUUAGAUGUUUCAUAGGUUAUGACAAAAAAAACAUACAUCGAGAGAUGGUGGCAUCCCAGAGCUCUUUUUAUUUUUAUUGUUAAAAAGUUAGAAUUACUUACGUCAAACGUUGUUAACGUUCAGUUUCUUACUUGGGUACGUUUCCCUCCCUCAACCUGCUCUUGAGAGAAUUAUUUUUAUGAAAUCAGCCAUUGAAUUAUGUCCAAACAAUCUUUAGCAGUGUGCUUUCUCUUUUCUCAACUUACCUUCAUGAAUACUGGUCUGAAAGGACCAGAUAAGUGAAAGCAGUAUGGUGGAAACUCAUCCAUUUCCUGUCAAUUUCCGGUGGUAAUCAUUAAUCAAGUACAGUAUAUAGAAUGGGAGAUCGUGGGAUAGCUUGGAGCGAACACAGUAUAGGCAGAGGGAAAAGUCCAAUACCUACUCCUGUGUUUUUCAAUCCUGGUCUUUGUGUUGGCAAGGCAAUAGUAUUGCCCAAAUCUUGAGGUUUCAGUUGAACAUUUAUCUGCUCUUCCCACCAGUCGAAUGGUGUAGAGCAUGUCUGAUGGAUGGGAUAGUAAAGUUUCUAUUCUCAAAUCAAGGACUGGGAUUGGGGGAAACACCUAUAUACACCAUAUUGGUUCUGGUAAAAAAGAAAAACAUCUGAAAGACAAACUGUGUAGAGGUGUUAACAAAUUUGCUCAGCUCUGACUAAAUGUUAUGUGGAGUGGUGAACGGAGGCUAUAGAAUUCUGUGUUUGUGGGAGGUGGUUGAAGAUACAAUUCCUAAUGUGAUGAGUAGGCCUAGAGUUGGUAACAGUAGUCACUGCAGUGCAGCCUAAUAAGUUAAUUGAAUUCACAACUGUUUGGGCCUACAGAAAGAGGGGAGAUGCAGAUUGUACAAUAUGAUGUCCAUCUGGCCUGGUGGAGGAAAUUAUAGUAUAAUUUUUUUAAUAUAAUUCAGAGGCACAGACUCUGUGAGUGAAAGGGGCUGGGAUUCUGUGAAUAUGUUUGCUCACCGUGGAUGGCAGAUGCUAUCCGCUGGUCACGCAGGGUAGCCUAGUGGUUAGAGCAUUGGACUAGUAACUGAAAGGUUGCAAGUUCGAAUCCCUGAGCUGACAAGGUACAUAUCUGUUGUUCUGCCCCUGAACAGGCAGUUAACCCACUGUUCCUAGGCCGAAGAUAAGAAUUUGUUCUUAACUGACUUGCCUAGUUAAAUAAAGCUAAAAUAAUUAUUUAUUUUUUAAACUCAAUAUUGGGAGAUUUGGUAGCCUAACUACAGACAGAUUAGGGUCUUUUCUUUUCAGCCGUAGUCAUUUGACUUCAAAACUAUGUUUUUCCAGUAAUUGUAUUUUGAAAUAUAAGACCAAUUCUAGCUACUGUUUCCUAACAGCCGCAACUCCACAAUCAGCUGUUUGAAAUUAAGCCAGCUGCCCAAAUUGCAGGCUGUGUGGGCCUAUGUGCUAUGUUUGUGAUUUAAACAAUUCACAGCGAUAUUGUAAAGGAAGCUAUUAAUCCUCGGUGGCUACAUUAUCCUCUCUGGUGUAAGUAUUUUGAAUUCUUUUAUUUAUUUAGACAUAUGUACAAACAGGACUAAUUAUUUAAUUUUGUCAAGUUUAAUAAUGAAUUAAUUUUGGCAAUUUACCAGUUUGUGCUGCACCUACUUCAGCACUCCUACUCCCCGCGGCUAUGGUCAUGUUCCUAAUGAAGGCACAAAAUGGGAGAAACUGUUUCGAAAUCUUUCGAAUAAGAGUUCUCAUUUUGGUUUUCCCUUAGAAAAAGGUAUUGAUAGUGAAUGCGACCGUAGGUUGUCAGGUUAUAGAUUCAGUACGCCUCAGUUUGUUUAACUUAGCUUAUUAUUAAGCUUUAUUUCAAGAGUUUAGAAAUGACAAGGUGAUACAGAGGUGGCGAAGAGAGGAAGUUGAAAGGGACAACUCAGGGUUGAACGCAGGUCUCCGGCGUGUGUUGAGAGUGGGGAGUGUUACCACUACACCAUAUCUGCCACUUAAACUGGACGUUUGUUACAUGCAAGAUGGCCAACAAAUCAUAAAGUUUGGACAGAUAAUCUCUUCAUAUGGUAUUAUUGCUUGAGAAAAAGCAUAUAUUAUAACUAUGCAAGUUGAUGCACAGUAGUGGUUCUUCUCGUCCUUUUUUUCCAUUUUGAUGGCCGCUUGUUGACACUUUUUCUCUUAUAAAACUGCAAUUUUAGCUCAAGUGAAAGCACCGGAUGCAAGCCUCAAUGUGUGUGUCUCCCCCAGAAAAACAUAACCUCAUGCAGUCAUCAUCAGGGUUUCUCAGCCUAGGUCCUACAAGUAUUGAAGUUAUAUAAACGUUACUGUUGUUAACCCAUGUGACUAUGUUGUGCCACGGUUCUUAUUCAAAUAAUAACUUUCAGGGGUUUUGUCAGAAUAAAAUGUAAAAAAGUAUAUAUAAUUGAAUUGUACAAACAGUGUACUACUACCACACAAACACACACGAGACAAUUCCGGAAAUGCACUGUGAUUCCUGUCACCCGCUGCUCAAGCCAGUGUUCUGUUCACAUUGCAUAUAUUAUAUUGACUGAUGAUGUUAUGUCCGAUAUGUGUUGUUCUGUGUUGGGCUGACUGGUUCAAACAAUCAACCAGGGCAAUUGUAAAAUGUGGUUUUGAGAUUUGUGUUCAUUGUUUUAAAAGAAAAUAUUUGUAUGGUAGUUGUUGCUAGUCUAGUCGCAAUAUAUGUAUCUAAUAAAUACAUACUCUCUUUC